GACUCUAAGCAUUCUUGAGACUAUAUUCUUGCCAUCCUUUUUUGAUAUUAUGGUACACUUAAUGGUUCAUCUCCCUACUCAAGUCAGAAUUGCUGGCCCUGUUCAAUUUCGUAAUAUGUACCCAGUGGAGAGGUAAAUUUUGAUAUAUUUUAGAAAUAAAUUAAACUUAGUUUUACUCAAAGGGAGGUUUAACAUAUAUGCCAUUUCUCCUUUAUAGGUUUUUAAUGAGAUGUAAGGGCCAUGUUCGCACUAGGAGUCACCCAGAAGGGUCAAUUGCAGAAAGUUAUCUAUUUGAUGAGAGUCUCACAUUCUGUUCUCGCUAUUUACAUUGUGAAACUAGAUUUAACCGGAAAAAAAGAAAUGAUGAUGGCUUGGAUGUUGAUUUAAUCAAUACCACCCCUUUCUUCCAUAACAUAGGUCGUGGAUUGGUUGGUAAGCGUAGUGUCACAUUAGACCACAAAACAUGGCUUCAAGCACAUAGAUAUGUCUUGUUCAACUAUGACCAUAUAGAGCCUUACUUGAAGUAAGUUGAACAUUAUAUUUUAUAAUCAAUAUCAUCCAUUUAUUUCAUGAUUACUAAAUUAUAAUGUUUGUUUAGGAAACAUAUAGAAUACCUUUACUCUGCUGGUCAUCAAAAUCAAAGAGCAAUCAGUCGUUUACACUAUGAGACUUUUCACGAGUGGUUUAAGUCACAUGUGGAAACAACGAGUGAGGAAGUACCUGAGGAGAUAACAAUAUUAGCUAAGGAGCCUAACAUGGUUGCACAUUCUUAUGAUAGUUAUUCUAUAAAUGGGAUAAAUUUCCAUACACAUUCUUAUGAUGUGGGUAGGUCAGUGCAGUGUAGUGGUGUAGCCCUAGUUGCACAUGCAACAAGUUUUGAUGGGACAAACAAUAAUAACCCAGUAUCAAUGAGCAAAACUUAUUAUGGUGUUAUAAAAGACAUUCUUGAGCUGAACUACCAUCACCAGGGAAAAAUAGUAUUGUUCAAAUGUGAUUGGAUUGAUAACCGAGUACGAGACAAAUGGGUCAAAAUAGACAAGUUUGGGGUGACAAUGGUCAACUUCAAGCAUUUAUUCAAUACCGGUGACAAGGAAUUAGAUGAGCCAUUUAUUUUUGCAUCUCAGGCAACUCAAGUUUACUAUGUGCAAGAUCCUAUUGAUGCUGAUUGGUUUGCUGUUUUAAAGUCAAAACAACGUGACAUGUAUGAUAUGGAAGAAAGGCUAGACAAUAGUACAGAAAUAGGUUCUUUCUUGCCAGAUUUGGAUGCAAACACACAAGUUAAUGUAUCUAUUGGUGGUAGUUGUGUUAGGACUGAUAUAGAUGGAAUAAUGAUUGCCGAAAACCAACCUAGCAAGAGGAAAGUUUGUAAGAGGAAGAGGAAUGGGUAAAGAAACGGAGGUCAAUGAAUAUGAACUACAAAGGGCUGCCAACAUAAAAGAAAAUAUGAAGAGGAUGAGAUCUCUUAAUCUCCAUGUACCUAGUACUAUGGUUAAUGAAGAAGGAAAUGGAUCACAUCGAGCCAAUAAGAAACAUAAGACAAGGACAUUAGCAGCUUCAACUAAUGGUCCUACUUUGCGAUCAAGGACCGAAAGGGAUAUUGUUGAUGAUAACCACGAGGAUAGUACUUCUGAAAAUAGUUAUGAAGAAUCUGAAAAUCCCAUCAAUGAUGAAGAGCAACCUAUUGGGCAUCAAAAUAUAAGGAAAGGAAGGGGCCCAACCUUGAAGAAGAACAUAUAUUCAAGUAGUGGUGGGCCUAAAAUCUGCAUUACCCUUAAUGAAUAUGGACAACCAGUUGGUAGGAACAGCAAAGAGUUUGGUAAUUUCAUAGGAACUUUGGUGAGGAAAAAUAUCCCGGUUUCUUGUGAGGAUUGGAGACUAGUUGAUUCUAAAAAGAAGUUUGAGUUAUGGACAAAAGUGAAGGAAUACUAUGAAGUGGAUGAAUCUGGUAUAGAUUAUGUUAUAACAUCUGCAGCAAAAAAGUGGAGAGAGUUUAAGGCUGACCUAAAGAGCAAAUAUUUUGAUGAAACAUUGAGUUUUGAAGAGCUUAUUGCUAAAAGGGAUGAAAGGGUGAAAGAAUCUGAUUGGGAGUGGUUGAUAACUUAUUGGAUGUCUCCAGAAGCCGAGGUUCGUACAAACAGAGGUAAAGAUAAUCGUUCAAAGCUGACUAUGUCGCAUGCAGCUGGUAGCAAGAGUUAUGCUCGUGUGGGGCAUGAACUGGCCGAGCAACAAGGACGCCCUGCGAGAAGAGAUGAAAUAUAUGUUAGAACACACACGCGUAAGAACAAAGAAGGGGAUAUUGUGCCUCUACCUGGAGCAGAAAUAUUCAUUAAUAAAUUUGAAGAAGCUGUUGCUGAGAACCCAGAACUGAAGGACAGAAGUAUUGAAGAUGGUGAUUUAUAUGCACAUGUUUUUGGAGAGAAAGAACCAAGAGGUCGUAUUCGUGGUUUAGGCUUAGGACCAACUCCACAAGAUGUAGGCACUCCUGGAACUCAAAUGAAAAUAUCAACAAAGCUUCAAAUGGCAUUGCAAGCUCGCAGUCAGUCUGAGCAAGAGGUUAGAGCCUUAAGACAGGAUAUGAAUCAAAUGAAAGAGAAAAUGGAUCAAAUUUAUCAAAUGAUGGUAGCAGCUCAAGGGGUGCAACAUAUAGAAAGCCCAUCACAACAUGGGUCUAAUUCUCGACAGAACUCAAGGGUGCAUCGGUCAGAUGAGGUGGCACAUGGUUACAAUGGUAAUGACCAUUCACCAAAUAUGGUUGAAGAUGACUUGCAGCUUACUAGGCGAGUUGCAAGCACUAUGGGCCGUCCAAGGAAUCGUGAAGAUGUUAAUACUAUUGAAGAGCAAAGUCGCAGGCGAGACAUUGCAACAACGGUACCUCAAAGAAAUCAUGGAUCACCUCAAAAUGCAGAUGAUAAUCAUGUUGGUAAAGAAGUCAUAUUAUAUUCUAUGAUGAGAUCAGAAGUUCCUGUUGCAAUAGCAAAUAUUAUCUCAACCGACCCAACCACUAAGGUUGCAGAUGUUCCUCUUGGAAGGGAGUUUACACAGGUUUUUGUGACUCGUGUGCUAAAAAGGGAAAGUACUCUACCACGACCAUACUUAGGUGUAGAGAGUAUGGGGGAUGCUCUUUUUAUGCCCGUUGCAUGGCCAACGAACAAGAUGAGUCGUAACAAAAAAUCAACAUUGACCCAAGGUUCUACAGCAGCAGCAGGAAGAGGAGCCGGAAGCAAGGAUCAGAUUGCUUGAAGUGUGAAAAAAAUGAUUACUCGCAUGCAUGCUAGCUGUUGGCGUAACACCCAGCCGAUGGAGAGAUUUUAGUUUGCUAGAUGUAUAUUUGUACUUUUGCAUGUAAUAGAACUGAAAGAUCACUUCAAAAAUUUAGGAAAUUCGUGUAUGCUACUAUUUUUAUAUGUUCAUCACAGGAAUCGUGUUCUAAACAAAUAUAUGUUGGAAUUCAAAGUCAAAGAUUGAUCCCUUUCUUUUA